CAUUUCAUUCCUAUGUCCAUCCUGCGAUCGAUCAUGUUUACGGUGUCGGUUUUGUUUUCCUUUUUGCUACUGUUAAACUGUACGAUCGGAGCAACGGCAAACGGUGUGAAGGUGACAAUAAAAAAUGGACCCAUUGUUGGUGAGCAGCGUAAAAAUUACUUCGCCUUCGAGGGGCUACCGUACGCGAAGGCACCGAUCGGUGCGCGCCGAUUCGCAGCACCGCAACCGUACGACGAUCGGUGGCACGAGCCAAGAAAUGCGACCCAUGUUGGUCCCGUGUGUAUGCAGUGGAGCCAUCUGAAACCGGGCGACGAUAAGCUGGAGGGCGAAGAAGACUGCCUGUUUGUGAACGUGUACACUCCCGAUCUGGCACCGAGUGAGCCGCUCCCGACGGUGGUGUUCCUGCACGGCGGUGCGUUCAUGUACGGCGGCGGAGGCUUCUUUCAGCCCGAUUUCCUGCUCUCGCGCUCACUGCUUCUGGUCACGGUGAACUAUCGACUCGGACCACUCGGAUUUCUCAGCACCGAAGAUGACGUGAUUGCGGGCAAUUUUGGGCUGAAAGAUCAACGAGCGGCACUGCAGUGGGUAAAGAAAAACAUAAAGUAUUUCGGUGGCAAUCCGACCCGGAUCACCCUGUCCGGCUUUUCGGCCGGUUCGGCCAGUGUGCACUUGCACUAUCUUUCGCCUCUCUCGUGGGACCUCUUUCACCGUGGCAUCGGUCACAGUGGGUCGGCUUUCAAUCCCUGGGCAAUGAUGGAGAGGGCACCGGAAAAGGCCAGAUCGAUUGCGUCCGGCGUUGGAUGUGCCUUCAACGAGAGUCAAACGAUGCUGGAAUGUUUAAGAAACCGUGCAGCAGAAGACAUCGUGCGGCAAGUGGCAACAUUGCAAGACUUUCUAUACAAUCCGUUUUCGCCCCUCGGAGUGGUGGUAGAGAUGCGUGGCCCACGUAACCCGGAACCGUUUCUUUCCGAACAUCCCCGUGCCCUGACCCGGAAGGGAAAGUUUAGCCGAGUUCCGCUGCUGCUGUCCGUUACUGAAGCGGAAGGACUGUACCCGGCUGCUGAGUUUGUUAGCAACGCAAGCUAUUUGCAGCAAAUCGACGAACGGUGGAACGAACUGUUGCCAAGCAUUUUGGACUACAAGUAUGCCGUGACGGACCGUCAUUGGCGAAAUGCGCUGUCGACAGGGAUCAGAGCACACUACUUGGGAUCGGAAAGUCUGCACGAGCAAAACUAUCGUCAGUUUGUGAAGAUGAUCUCCAACCGCCUCUUCUUUGUGGGCGUAACGGAAAUGGUUAAACUAAUGCAACGGCAUAUUUCGGUCUACUUGUACUUUGACCAAUACAAAGCGUCCUAUGGCUUGGGAGAGGCAAUGUCUGGCUCCAGCGCCAAUCUGGGCAUCGCUCACGGGGAAGAUUUACUGCUCAUCCUGCCGAGUAGCUUACGCAACGGAACGCCGUACACCGGAGAGGAAAUGGAGAUGGUCUCCAAGUUCGUAGACCUGUACGAAUCAUUUGCCUACGGACUUCAGCCUCGCUUCGGAGACUGUGAAAUGCACCCCCAAAAGAGUGCUGCGCAAUUAACCUAUUUGGCAAUCAACUACCCAAACAGCACCACCGUAACGAAGGAGUUCCUAAGCGAUGAAGCAUUUUGGAACUUGCUGGAUUUUAACGACGCACCCAAAAAGGCACAAGAAGACAGUGACGAAGAAGAGGAUUCAGAGGACGAUUCAGAUGAGGAAGAAAGCCCCGCAGAGAAGCCAGCGACCAAGCCGCAGCAGCAGGGACAGAAGCGUAAGGCCGCCGAACCGGCCGACGAUGAUGACGAUGACGAUGAUGACGAUGAAGAGGAAGAUGACGAAGACACCGAAGUGAAAGCGCCGGCCAAGAACGCCAGUUUCGGUAAAUCGGACGGAAAGAACAAGCAGACAAACAAAAUGGUCAACGGUAAAGCUCCUGUAGUGAAUGGGGUUGCUAAAACUAACUCAAAGUUAGUAAUGAAUGGUCAUCCUGCGAAGAAACAGAAACCAAGUGGUUCAUCCAGUGACGAUAGUACAUCUGAGGAAGAAUCGAUCCCAAGUAGAGCCGUCCCAAAACCUGUUGCGGGUUCGGCGAAGAAAAAAGGAGAAUCAUCGGAUGAUAGUUCGGAGGACGAAGCGGCCAAAAAGCCUCCAGUUAAGGCCACUCCAGCGAAGGCUGCUCCAAAACCUACUGCGGUAGCGAAAAAGAAGGAAGAAUCGUCGGACAGUUCCGAAGAUAGCUCGGAGGACGAAGCGGCGAAAAAGGCCCCAGUUAAGGCCACUCCAGCGAAGGCUGCUCCAAAACCUACUGCAGUAGUGAAAAAGAAGGAAGAAUCGUCGGACAGUUCCGAAGAUAGCUCGGAGGACGAAGCGGCGAAAAAGGCCCCAGUUAAGGCCACUCCAGCGAAGGCUGCUCCAAAACCGGCUGCGGCUGUAGCGAAAAAGAAGGAAGAGUCAUCGGAUGAUAGUUCCGAAGAUAGCUCGGAGGACGAAGCGGCGAAAAAGGCCCCAGUUAAGGCCACUCCAGCGAAGGCUGCUCCAAAACCGGCUGCGGCUGUAGCGAAAAAGAAGGAAGAGUCAUCGGAUGAUAGUUCCGAUGAUAGUUCGGAGGACGAAGCGGCGAAAAAGGCCCCAGUUAAGGCCACUCCAGCGAAGGCUGCUCCAAAACCUACUGCAGUAGCGAAAAAGAAGGAAGAAUCGUCGGACAGUUCCGAAGAUAGCUCGGAGGACGAAGCGGCGAAAAAGGCCCCAGUUAAGGCCACUCCAGCGAAGGUUGCUCCAAAACCUACUGCAGUAGCAAAAAAGAAGGAAGAAUCGUCAGACAGUUCCGAAGAUAGCUCGGAGGACGAAGCGGCGAAAAAGGCCCCAGUUAAGGCCACUCCAGCGAAGGCUGCUCCAAAACCUACUGCGGUAGCGAAAAAGAAGGAAGAAUCGUCGGACAGUUCCGAAGAUAGCUCGGAGGACGAAGCGGCGAAAACGGCCCCAGUUAAGGCCACUUCAGCGAAGGCUGCUCCAAAACCGGCUGCGGCUGUAGUGAAAAAGAAGGAAGAGUCAUCGGAUGAUAGUUCCGAUGAUAGUUCGGAGGACGAAGCGGCGAAAAAGGCCCCAGUUAAGGCCACUCCAGCGAAGGCUGCUCCAAAACCGGCUGCGGCUGUAGCGAAAAAGAAGGAAGAGUCAUCGGAUGAUAGUUCCGAUGAUAGUUCGGAGGACGAAGCGGCGAAAAAGGCCCCAGUUAAGGCCACUCCAGCGAAGGCUGCUCCAAAACCUACUGCAGUAGCCAAAAAGAAGGAAGAAUCGUCGGACAGUUCCGAAGAUAGCUCGGAGGACGAAGCGGCGAAAAAGGCCCUAGUUAAGGCCACUCCAGCGAAGGCUGCUCCAAAACCUACUGCAGUAGCGAAAAAGAAGGAAGAAUCGUCGGACAGUUCCGAAGAUAGCUCGGAGGACAAAGCGGCGAAAAAGGCCCCAGUUAAGGCCACUCCAGCGAAGGCUACUCCAAAACCGGCUGCGGCUGUAGCGAAAAAGAAGGAAGAGUCAUCGGAUGAUAGUUCCGAUGAUAGUUCGGAGGACGAAGCGGCCAAAAAGCCUUCAGUUAAGGCCACUCCAGCGAAGGCUGCUCCAAAACCUACUGUAGUAGCGAAAAAGAAGGAAGAAUCGUCGGACAGUUCCGAAGAUAGCUCGGAGGACGAAGCGGCGAAAAAGGCCCCAGUUAAGGCCACUCCAGCGAAAGCUGUUGCAAAACCUGCUGCGGUCGUAGCGAAAAAGAAGGAAGAGUCAUCGGAUGAUAGUUCUGAUGAUAGUUCCGAGGACGAAGCGGCGAAAAAGGCUCCAGCGAAGGCUGCUCCAAAACCUGCUGUGGCCGUGGCGAAAAAGAAGGAAGAAUCGUCGGACAGUUCGGAGGACGAAGCGCCCAAAAAGGCUCCAGUCAAGGCCACUCCAGCGAAGGCUACUCCAAAACCCGCUGCAGCCGUAGCGAAAAAGAAGGAAGAGUCAUCGGAUGAUAGUUCCGAUGAUAGUUCAGAGGACGAAGCGGCGAAAAAGGCUCCAGUUAAGACCACUCCAGCGAAGGCCGCUCCGAAACCCGUUGCAGUAGCGAAAAAGAAGGAAGAAUCGUCAGACAGUUCCGAAGAUAGCUCGGAGGACGAAGCGCCCAAAAGGGCUCCAGUUAAGGCCACUCCAGCGAAGGCUGCUCCAAACCCUGCUGCGGGCGUAGCGAAAAAGAAGGAAGAGUCAUCGGAUGAUAGUUCCGAUGAUAGUUCGGAGGACGAAGCGGCGAAAAAAAUUCCAGCGAAGGCUGCUCCAAAACCUACUGCGGCUGUGGCGAAAAAGAAGGAAGAAUCGUCGGACAGUUCCGAUGACAGUUCGGAGGAGGAAGCGGCGAAAAAGUCGCCAGUGACUCCAAAGCCUGAAGCUGCUAAAAAGAGGAAAGCGCCAUCAGAUGAUAGUUCCGAUGAUAGUUCUGAGAAUGAAGAUCAUAAACCAGCCACAGCUCAACCGGCUCCUAAACUAGGACAGAAACGUAAAGUGGAGGACAGCCAUGCGAACAGUCAUGAAACACCUCCGGCAAAAAAGCAAAAUAAUUACAGCAACUUCGUACGAUCCAGUGAACAGUGGAACGGUCAGAACGAAACGCCUACAAAUAAGACAAAUCACACGCAUUUGAACGGAAGCAGUAGUGGCAAAAAAUCCUUCACCAAUAGCGACGAGCGCCGAGGCGUAAACCGAUUUCGACGCGUGAAAGAAGAGGAAAUUAAUGUCGAUGAACGAUUAGCGAACAACUCUUACGAAGCUAAGAUCAACGCUCGCGGUUCUUUCGGUGAACGGGCCAACGAAAUCCUUAAGCACACGAAAGGAAAAUCGUUCCGCCACGAGAAGACGAAAAAGAAACGCUCCGGGUACCGUGGCGGUUUGAUCGAUAUGUCGGUUAAUUCGAUCAAGUUCGAUGAGUAGAAGCGCAUAUUCAAUUUAUUUAUAGUUUCGACUGUAAGAAAAUAUUACUAGGCAUACGAACCAUAAGAAGACACGAUUAACAUCUCAACACUUUAAAGAUGGAAUUGCUUUACGGGUCUUGGACGGUAUUUGCGCCAAACAAAAAGCGGCGCGAUAACGGAAAGUACACAUCAAGUGGCUGAAAAUCUUACGUAUGUAAUUACGUACAAUGCAAGCUGUUGUGCUAUCGCCUGUGUUUGAUAGAUCGUAAGCGAUUGUCCUAAUACCCGCAAACAUGAAUGUUCAUAUAAAUAUACAAAAUAUAUAAUUUUA